AUGGUUUACGAUUUCUAAAAACCAAAAUUUGAAAAUGUAUUACUUUCAUAAACCCGUUAAAACAUUCCUCCUUAAGAUUCUAUGAAGAAACUUGUAAAUUAUGCAUUAUUAUAAGAUGCGAGAUUAAGAAGUAGAUCAAUAGCAAAUAAUAAAGCAAGUAUGAUUGUCGCUUUAUUAUUUUUUUCACCUCCAUGUCUUUAUUUUAUCAAAGGACUAAUUAAUGGAUGUUGGAAUGCCUUAAGUAAUAGAGAUAAAUUAACUUUAGGUUUUGUACAAAUUGGUAGACCAAUGAGAUUAAUGUAUAGACCUGAAAUUUAUUUAAGAGAUUAAGCCGCCUCUUUAUACGAAUUAGAAAAAGAAAACAUUGAAAAAUCAAGAUAAGGAGAAUAAGAUUAUGCCAGUUCUCCUAUUGUUUUAUGGAUAUGAAAAUAUCAUCAAGAA